UUUCAACAAGAUGGGUUGCUGUCAAAAUAGGUCUUUGUUACAGUAUUAAGAGAUUGAGAAUCAUAAAUCUUCAGUCAAUAGAAAUAAAAUAUAAUUGGAGCCAUUACUUAUUGCUGUAAUUGGAGACUCAGACAGAUUAGAUAUGAUGGAUGACAUAUUCAAAAUAUAAUAAACCUCUAUCAAAGAAAUACAAUCUCCAAAUAAUUUAAAAAUGCCUUCAGAGUCAGUCAUAAUAGAUUUGAGAUCUGGAACAUCAUUGGCAAGUCCAAUAAGACAAAAAUCAAGUAAGAAUCUUAAUUAGAAGUUUCUUGAAAUGUUAUGA